ACAUAUGUUUUUCAAUAUUUGUUCUAAUGUAGAUGUAGUAGUGUUAUGACUUAUAGUGGUCAUUGUAUAUAUGUAGUAGUGUAGUUCCGUUUUAAAAACGGCAUUCAAAAUUCAAACCAAACAAGAAUUAAAAAUUGUCAAAUUCAGCUUUAAAGAAUGAGGAGAAUAUUUUCAAGAAGUAUAUCAAGUGCUGCCUCUUGGGGUAGGAAAAAGAAGAAAAACAUCAUCAGACGAAGAUGCCCUCUCAACAGGUUUAGAGCCAUCGUUCGCAAAAUCAUGUGCGACAUUUUCUGGAUAUCCGACACAACCGACUGGGAAUUAGGUACGAACGCCGAACUCAAUGUAUACAUAUUGACGCAUAGGAAGAAACGCCUGUUGAGUCUAGAGGAUAAAAUCUGUCUCCGAAAGCCGACACCGGAAAGAACGGCGAAUGAGAUCAACACUAUAAUGAAGAAACUAAGAUUAUUCAAAGCGUUCAAAAUUUACCCAGAGGAUGUUAGGCGGGAAAUUUUGUUCCAUGCCGGUUUUGAAUGUUGGAAUAAAGACAGGGUCCUCGUACGGCAGGGGCAUACCCCUGGCUAUGCUUAUUUCAUAGUAUCGGGCACGGCCCUCUUCGAAUACACGCACCCCGACCCGAUUUUUGCCAACGAAACGAAACACCAUAUCGACAAACUCGGGGAGGGCGACGGCUUCGGAGAGAUGGCGAUUCUUUACAACGAACCCCACUCGGGCACUGUCACAGUGAGCUCGGACUGGAUCGAAGUGAUUCUGCUGCAGAAAGACCGUUUUAUCUCUCUUUUGCAGGAAACGGUCAAGAAGCACUGGGAUGCAAUCAGGUGGGCUUUCAUGAAGUUCCCAUAUUUUGAAAACUUUCCAGAACCGGCUUUAAGACACCUCUGCUCUCAUGCGUCACUCGUUACCUAUCCACCAGGAGAAAUAAUACCAGUGAAAGAUGAGUUCGGGUCGAAUAUGGUGACUAUGGUGGUCGAUGGGAUGUGCAACGUUCUCCAGACUAUUUUCAUCGCCGAAGAUAAGUCAAAACCUAUGUACAAGAGAUUCAGCUUAUACAAGGAAAGAAUUCCAGAGAACUGGGGCCAACUGCCGGACAACGUUAGACCGAUCAUAAUGCAGAUAUGUACCCUGAGAAGGAAGUGCAUUUUCGGCUUGGGAGAGCAAAUGUCAAAGAACAUGAUUCUGUCGGAAAGUGAAGUCCUAGCGCUUAUCAUACCGCGGAACCUCCUCUUAAGGUACAACAUAACCAACAUAUGGGGCAGGAUAAUCGACACGCUCAAUUUGACCUAUCCAAAAACGGAUGAAAUAUUUCAUUCUUUUAUAGAGAACAGGCGCUGGAGCAUUUAUAAGACGAAACUGAGAAAAGACAUUAAUAAAUGCACUAAAACGAUGAGCAUGUGCAUUCACGAUGCUCCUUUGUCGACGAGGGCGAGAAUGCUCCGUCUGCGAGGACAACUGUACGACAAAGUUGUCAGCAUGCCUUAUUAUAAGUUUGGAGAAAUCGAUAUCGACAAUACCAUGGAAAUUAUUACAUUGAAGAAGAAAUCGACCGAUAGAGCUCCGCUCUCUGGGCACGAGACUGACAAACAACGGUUCGAAGAGGAAUAUCUGCGGUUGAAGCAUUUGUACCGAGAAACCCAGCACAAACUAAAAGUCUUCAAAGGCGUUCGAGAAGUAGGCUGAAACGUCUAAAAUCAAGAAAUUGGCUGAAUUUAAAAAACAGGAAAGCGGGAAUUAUUUUCUCCGAUAUCGCUGUUCAUCAUUCCGCGUUAAUGUUGUCAAAUGAAUUCGGACUUUUUUAUUUUGUAAAUUAUUGCACAUAGACGAAUUGAAAUUACAUUAGCAAAAAUA